AUGAUAAACUCGCUUUACAGACUACUACAGAACAUCGAGCUGUCCACGUCUCCUCCUCAACACUGGGAUAUGCAGACAUCCACGCCCGUCACGUCCAUCUACCAGCGCCAGGAGGUCAUCGGUCGCGGCAACUUUGGCGUGGUCUACAAGGGCUACCACAAAAAGACCAAGCAGCUGGUGGCUAUCAAGGUACUCAACCUAGACACGGCAGAGGACGACGUCAAGGAGGUCCAGCAUGAGAUUCAAUUGCUGAGCCAGCUCAAGCUCGCCGACGCAGAAAACAUCACCCGCUACCAUGGCUCGUAUCUCCACGGCUCGCGUUUGUGGAUCAUCAUGGAGUACUGUGCUGGAGGCAGUGUGCGCACUCUCAUGAAGGCAGGCCGUAUCGAAGAACGACACCUCAGCGUCAUCACACGUGAACUGCUCAUCGCUAUCCAGUACAUGCACAAGGCUGGAAUCAUCCACAGAGACAUCAAGGCCGCCAACAUUCUCAUCACCCAACAGGGACGUGUUCAGCUGUGUGAUUUCGGAGUGGCCGCGCAAUUAGUCUCCUCCAAGACUAAACGGUCCACUAUUGUGGGAACACCCUAUUGGAUGGCUCCGGAAGUUAUCACAGAAGGAGCAUCAUACAACGUCAAGGCAGAUAUUUGGUCGCUUGGUAUCACGCUCUAUGAAAUUGCAACAGGCUCCCCUCCCCUGUCCGACCAGGAGGCAAUGAGGGCCAUUUUUCUGAUCCCCAGAAACAAACCCGCAAGAUUGGAAGGAUCCCAGUACUCAGCGGCCCUCAAGGAAAUUGUCGCACUAUGUCUGGACGAACUGCCUGACGAACGACCCUCAGCAGAGGAGCUGUCAAAAACCAAGUUUGUCAGAGGCUCAAAGGGUAUCCCAACAUCGACCAUCAAAGACCUCAUUUCAAGAUAUAUGCACUGGAGGGAACACAACAAGUCACGUGAUUCGAUGGCUGUAUAUAACCGGCAUUCCAUUGGGUCUGAAGAGGAUAUUGUGGACCAUUCGGACGACUUUCGGUGGGACUUCGACACAUCCACUGCGCCUGAUGAUGCUCGUGUGGAGGUUCAUAAUGGCCAGAUGGACUUCAGGCCAGAACCCACACAUGCCUACAGAGAUAUUGGCGAGAUGGGUACCCAAGUCCUGUUGCAGAGCACUGUCUCUGCCUCUGAGGUCUUGGAACAGAGAUAUGAGCAGCAGCAGGGACUACAACAAGGCCAACUACACGAUCUUACGACAGCUACUAACACGAUGACUGUGCCUCAGGAAGAAGAGGAGCCACAUCCACUUCUGGAGCUGUUUGUGGACGAAAACGAACCUCCUGCCCCUCCUGCCCCUCCUGCCCCUCCUGCCCAUGCUCCUAUGCCUGCUCGUCCCGAGCUGUCUUCCUCAAUGUCUCUACCUACGGUUCCCACUCAAAAGACUCAAAUGGCGUCUAUGGCUCCAACUCUCAACGAUCUAAGAGAGGAAGGCGAGCCUCCAGGGGUACCUCCCAUGGCCAUGUCUCGCCGUAAGACUCUUGGACGGGGUUCCAAGAUGGGAGCUUCUCCCGAGAAAGAUCAUCCCCAACCUCCUCCUCUUCAGCAUUCACACAGUUUCGCACAGACCCAAGGCCAAGGUCAGAAUCUCAAUCAAACCACCCAUUCAGGCCAGGCAAUUCACCCCGGUCUAGGAGGUUUGCCUCAAGUGCAGCAGCCGCCUCAGCUACAGCAACAACUUCCUCCUCAGAUAAAACAGCCCCCUCAUCAAAUACAGCAUCCACAGCCACCGCUGAUGCCCCAAUUGCAUCAGACAAUGCCUCCUGUGCCUCACACACAACCUCCUCCCUCUCAGAUGCCGCCUCUCCCACAGCAGCAGCCUCCACAACAGCCAUUGGCUCCCCCACCUUUAAUGGCACAGGCUCCGCCGCCCCCGACACCAAUGCAUCACUCCUCCGCGUCGCUGGCCGCGGUAGCAGCUGCGAAGUCAGCUAUCAAUUCGGCCAACCCUUCUUCUGGGGCAUCUCUGGCUGCCCCUCAUCAGGUUUACCCCAAGAGAACGCCCUCUCCCAUUCGGGGCAGUCCUCCACCCGUGAAACGGCCUUCCAGCCCUCCUCCGCAGUUCCACAGACCCUCUAUCUCGUCGGUGUCGUCCAUCUCAUCAGCAGCAGCUUCUCCCUCUGCAGCUUCGCCUGUGAUGAGCCACAAGUCGUCUGUGUCUUCUGAAGACGGCGGCCAUGCUUCUCCUCCGUUGAUACCUCGUUCCGAGAACCCCCAGCUGGCUACCCGGUCAGCUUCUGUUCCUGACGUGGUUAUGCCUCGCUCAGACGUUAAUGGAAAGUCCCCUGCGUUCAACACCGAGAAGCCCGCCAAACUGCGAAACGUCAACCUGCAGAUCAAAAUGCCUCCGGCACAAGCCCCGCCCAUGCCCGAUGCAUUCAUGACCCCUGCCCGCAAAGAAGACUACACGCCCAGUCUUAAUGUUCCGUCUCAGCCUUCGUCGCGUCGUCCUUCUCGGGCUGCCCAAACCCAGCCGCCCGUUCAAUCCACUCUGCAGUUCCCUCCCAUUCCCAAAAUUGAUCUGUCGGUGCUGCUGGACCCUGCUCCUCACGCCGAUGUCACUCGGGAGCUGGAGAAGCUGCUUACCUCUUUUGGAGACGCUCUCAAGGUGAUGGAGGACGGCUUCUCAUCACUCUAA